AUGUUCCGUUCCGCUGCCCGAUGGGUACGGAAAGUUCGCAGGACAGAUCCAUCUCGGACCUGGCAGAGCUUCCGCGAUGCAAAGGUCAUCAACCCGUUCGCAGAGUACCAGUGGACCUCGCAACCAUAUCCGGACUACAACAUGCCCAGGGUAGCAGAUGAUGCCCGGCCUCACCGGACGCUCAAGGCUGUAAGCCAUCAUGAUGAGAAGGGAUGGUGGCACAUCAUCGAUGCUAAAGGAAGAGAUGUUGGCAAACUUGCGGCCUUUGCAUCCCGACUUCUUCAGGGAAAGCACCGUGGCCGCGUGGAGAAGGUUUUCGUGGAGUUUCAGAGGAAGGCCUUCCACAUGAUAGGUGGCUGCAUCAUCUGCGUGUGCUAUCACUGGGGGAUCAAGCGUCAAGUCUUGAAGCCGGCCUACUUGGGCGACAGCGAGAGCACCGCCAGUACGGCGAUGGACGCUGGCGCCGCCUUCCUGGCCGUGUCUUUGGUUUGUUGGGUCAUCGAGGCGGCGCGUCUCUGUGUCCCCUCCGUCCAGGCCUGGUACCUGAAAACCUUUAAAGGCUUGAUUCGACAGAAGGAGCAUAACAAGGCAGCCGGGAUUGCGUACUUCCUUCCGGGCGCACUGGCCGCCAUGCUUGCAGCACCUAGCAAUUUUGCGAUUUUGGGCAUUCUGUUCCUCUCGGUGGGCGAUGCAGCUGCCUCGAUUGGUACAGCUUUCGGCUACAUUCCAGUUUUCAAUUCUGCUCGGAAAGUGGAAGGAAGCAUUGGCUGCUUCACGGUUUGCCUGGCCCUCGCCGUGUACGCUGGGCUUUCACCAGGAGUAUCCUUGAUAGCUUCCGUGUUUGUGACUCUAGGGGAGGUUCUGGCAGAAAUCAUUGGCCUUGAUGACAACUUCGUGAUCCCAAUGCUUGGAGUGCUCGGUGUGCGCAUCGGGCUCUACCCACAACUUGGCCAGAUGGCUGGGGUUGUGUGUGUGGGACUGGGCCUGGGUGUAGGUCUGGCAGCCAUUGUCGGUGCCACGACAGCAAAGGAGUCAAAGUGCUGCGACUAUGCGCCAGAUCGGGUAAAAGGUGAUUCCGUGAUAAUCGUGAACGCAAUCCACCUGCAUUUCCCUGGCCAUACCUGGGACACGAAGAUCUACAGAUUCUACCGAAACAGUUGUACUGCUAUCCGGGAGCCAUCCAUCCGUUCUCGCCUCAACUUGAACACGUCCGAGCCGGGCGAACGGAACAUUGCUGAGGAUGCCGAGGCAGAUGUGCAUGAACUAAGGGAACAGAUUUGCCGUGUGGCCUUCAAGAUCUUGCACCGCAGGUUUCGCACUGGGGGAUAUUGCGAGGUUGUGCAGAGCAAAUCAGCUGGUGUCCAGACGUGGCCGACGCAGCCGAUGCCUACAGCCCUCUUGCAAGAUGCAGCACUGUGGAGCAACGAGAGUCAGAUGAUUACAGACUCCGCUAGCAACUUCCAGCAUCAGCCCAAAACGAAAUCGGCUAGGACGUGCAUCAGCUUUAGUCUGCUCUUUCAGAAUGUGCCAUUUAACAUCUGGCGUCGAAGCAUUCUGCUUUGUUGGCUAGAACCUGAGACAAAGAAGGACGUUGACCUGAAGCCCACUGCGACAGCAGUGAAGUGCGCAGCUGCUGCCAGCAGCUUCUCGUAUCGGAUCCUCUUCAAGAUGCGGAGCAGCAAGCCGAUGCAGUACCAGGGACUCGCGGGGGCGGGAGGGGACUCGCGGGGGGGGCUGGGGGGGGCCUUGAUGUCCUACGAGAAGUUCAGCGCCAUCAAGGUUCAGGGGGCCUUUGAUGACGUUGAGGCUUGGAUUUUUCAGGCCUUCGAGGGGCGAGUACAGGAUCUGGACAUCGACGAGGACCUGGAACUAGAACUUGCGCAGCGACGACGUGGAAUGCGCUUCUUUGCUGCAGGACGUGCCAGGGACGGAAAGCGCUUCGCAUCCAUUCUCUUUCCGUUGUUCCAGGGAGAUCCCAACAAGGAUCUCUACGAGGAGGCCUUCUGCGAUGUACUGCGUGUCGCCGGAAAUUCGGUGAAGCCGGGGUCCAGGCAUAAGCUGUCCUUUCGUGCGGGUGUGCUAUUCUUCACUGCAGACAGCCUGGGCAACACGUAUGGUGUUGUUGCUUCUGAUGAUUUCCCGCUUGCAAGCGCCUACAACUUUUUGGAAGAGAUACUGCAGGUCUACCACAGCAUUGAUGUCGAGAUUGCAUUGAAUGAGGCAGAGGAGUCUCUGUGGUCCGAGCCGCGCUUUCGGGAAGAUGCGUUCGGCAUUCGUGAGCUGGCGGUUGCCAGUUGGAAGAAGCAGCACUUCAGUUGCGACCAGGAGACGGCUCGGCUCAAGUCCAGCUUCCCGCGCCUCGUCUUUUGGGAGAUAGAUGUACAAGUGUGGAGGGAGCCUUCUGUUCGCUUUGCAAUCAUGUUCGGUGGAAAGAAGCUGAAAGAUCUUACUGAAGAGGACAUCAGAAAAUAUGCUGCAUCUUUGGUGGCAAUGCAUGGAGGACAGGAAGAAGCUACCACCGACGGGGAAACCAGGCUUGCAGCGAACGAGACGGGCAACCGUAAUGGCUACGUGGAGUGUGGGUCUCAGAACGGAUGUCAGCUCGUAAAGCUCAAUCACAAGCCAGUCGGAUUCUUGCAUCUUUCGGCCCGACUGUGCUUCACGAAUUUGAUGAAUUUGUUUCUGGUGCUUACAUGGAGGAAAGUUCUGCCCAUCGAAAAAGUGAUUGCGGCAAAUGCGGCUGGUGAUCCUGAUCGCAUUGAAGACAACGAGGGCGACACCGAAGCGCCGCUCCAGCAAAGGACGGUCGAAGGCAUGCUCGCCAUGCCAAUGCAGCCAGCUGUCAGCAUACAGGUGUUGCAGUGCUUCCGAAUUCCUCAACAGCUUUCGGCGAGAGUGGCACGAGCUGCAGCUGGCAGAGAGCACCACUUCUCCGCACGACAGCAUUCGAAGAGAUGGUAUUCGGUUGGUGGAGUUUUUGCAGCAGCAGCAGCGGCGCGGGGUAGAUGUGCCCAUAUGAGAACAGUGUCCUCCGUCGGUCCCAAGCCGGUCUGGGACUCCACAGGAGGCCCUGCUAUUCACGGUGUGGGCGGAAGGCCGCGACUGGAGAAGGGGAAGCUACAUCGGGUCAUUUGGAUGUGCUGGACUGGGAACAACCCGAUGCCAGCUCACCUGCGACUUUGUAUGGAGACGGUGCGGCGUAAUGCUGGCUUGCCCGUUGUACUUAUCACUCCGCAAAAUGUGACAGAGUACGUGCCGGACCCACAUCCUGCAUAUCCGUACCUUCAUCUGGCCCACAGAGCAGACUAUUUGCGUUGCUACUUGCUGCACAACUACGGGGGUUUGUACCUUGAUGUUGACACCAUUUGCCUGCGAAGUCUUGCGGGCCUGUACGAGCUGGUGGAGAGCAACCAAUUCGAUGCAGUUGGUUAUGAUGGAGCUGAAUGGGGUGAGCUUAUCGGUGUUUCAGACAUGGGCCCUUUUCGGCCCAACUCGGAGCUUACGCAGCUUUGGUUCAAUGCUCUUCAUGGUCGGCUGGAGGAAAAGCUUCCGGAAGUUAUGAGCCAGAAGACUGACGUUUUCUACUGGCAGGAGAUACUGCGAGAUGUUUUUGUGCCCGUCAGCCUUGUCCACAGCCAGCGCAUCAGCAAGGCUCUGCUCGCGCACAAUCCGGAGAAGGAGACGCUUUGGGCGGUCCGGCCUUUCCAGGAGGCCCUAGGAAAGGAGCUCGGUUCCCACAUUCUUAUCUUAAACAAUGCCAAGUACGGUGAUGAGCUUGGCCAGCUGUCCGAGGACGAGAUUCUUGGAGGACCUGCAGUGCUGAGUCAGCUUCUGCGUCACUCGCUGGGCUUGCCAGAUGUGAUCUGA